GAGCAACACGGCGGCGUCGCACACAGGCGCGCGGGUGCUCCUGGGCUGUCGGCAUGGCGGCGUUCGCAGAUUUGGACCUAAGAGCGGGCUCGGACCUGAAGGCUCUGCGCGGACUGGUGGAGACCGCUGCUCACCUUGGAUAUUCAGUUGUUGCCAUCAAUCAUAUUGUUGACUUUAAGGAAAAGAAACAGGAAAUUGAAAAGCCAGUAGCAGUUUCUGAACUCUUCACAACUUUACCAAUUGUACAGGGAAAAUCAAGACCAAUUAAAAUUUUAACUAGAUUGACAAUUAUAGUUACAGAUCCAUCCCACUGUAAUGUUUUGAGAGCAACUUCUUCAAGGGUCCGGCUGUACGAUAUUGUUGCAGUGUUUCCAAAGACAGAAAAACUUUUUCAUGUUGCUUGCACGCAUUUAGAUGUGGAUUUAGUCUGUAUAACUGUAACAGAGAAAUUACCAUUUUACUUCAAAAGACCCCCUAUUAAUGUGGCAAUUGACAGAGGUCUGGGCUUUGAACUUGUCUACGGCCCUGCUAUCAGAGACGCGACGAUGAGAAGGUACACAAUUUCCAAUGCCCUCAACUUGAUGCAGAUCUGCAGAGGAAAGAAUGUAAUUCUGUCCAGUGCUGCAGAGAGGCCUUUGGAAAUAAGAGGACCGUAUGAUGUGGCAAACUUAGGGCUGCUGUUUGGGCUGUCUGAAAGCGAAGCCAAGGCUGCCGUGUCCACAAAUUGCCGAGCUGCGUUUCUCCAUGGAGAAACUAGAAAAACUGCUUUUGGAAUUAUUUCUACAGUGAAGAAACCUCGGCCAUCAGAAGUGGAUGAUGAUUCUCUUCCAGCUUGCAAGAAAGCUAAAUGUGAGGGUUGAUGAAGCCCCAGUCUCCAUCAGCUGCCUGCUCCCUUUACAGCUCAUCAGUCACAGUGAAAGUAAACUUCUGCUGAGUGGAUCCUUUCAUUAAACUAGAAGCCAGCAGUCUAUAAAAGCAGCUUUAUAUUCAGACCAUUACAACAGCAAAUAGAACACAGUGAGGCAUUUUCUAAAGACUAACAGUUUAAUUAAUUUAGAUAUACUUUAAGAAAAAAACUAUUUUAUCCUUUAUGUGAGUAUAACAUAUGUAUAACAGUAUGUACACCAAAGUAAGAUGUUUCAGUAUUUUAAGACAUUGAAGAUAAAUAAAUUAAUGUUUUUCUACUUGAUAGAUACAUAUGGAUUUUUGUAUUUUACUAUCCAAGAAAGUAGUUAUUUUGAAGACUUAAACCCUAUUAUGGGGGUCACUUUUUAUUGAGUUAGAGUUGUUCUAAGGACUGCUGACCUUGUAGAAGCAGAAGGGACACUCACAUGAGGUUGCUUGUCCCCUUCAUUUGCUACCUUCUACCUUCGAGCUGUGCUUUAAGUAGCUUCCUCCUUUUAGGUAGAAACUCCCCAUACCUAAUAGUGAUUUUCCUAAUUGCUAUACAGUUCCAAGUAUUUGACUCAAAAAAAAAAAAAGGCUUUGGAAUAAUUUAUUUUUAAUAACAAGUUCACCAGGCUAAGUAGAAGUUAUUAUUUUUGUAAAUAUCUGCAUUUAUGCUAUAUUGAUGAAAGGACCCCCAAGACAUAGCGCAGUUAACUUGGGGGAGGGGAGAAUGCAGAGCCCUGAAGAUAAGGCUAAGUGAUUGCUUACUCACGGGAAUAGGUGCUGAGAGCAAACAUUAGCAGCAAGCAGAUCACUAAGAUGUGAAGCUUUAGUCCAGGGAUGUAAGGAUAUCUCAGUUUAAACAAUUAGAUCUAUCAGUUCUUUCUAACACAUUAUACUUUACCAUGUUAAUAGGAGAAAUGAGAGGGAAAAGAAUAUUCAAAUAGAUGCCAAAAAAUGUGAUAAAAAUCAAUCUCUACUCUUUAAUUUUAUACAAAGCAAUGAAAACCCUUGACAAGUUCCAGGGGUGGAGGUUCCCAACUGUAAUCCCAGCACUGGAGAGGCUGGAGCAGGAGGAUCACAAGUCUGAGGCCAGCAUGGCCUACAUAAGUAUAAUAAAAAAGCAAGAUUGGUGGAGAAAUGUCAUCUAGGCACCCCCGUGGAGUUUGUGCACAUAUGUAAAGCCUGAUGAUGACUGUAAAACCAACAUCAGUGACUGUUCACUGGAUACUAUUCACAGUGACCAAGAAGAGGAACCAGCCUAGACACCCAUCAACAGAUGAGUGGAUAAUGUGGUACAUUCAUUAUGAUUGUUAACAUCGAUAAUCAACUUGACAGGAUCUCAAACCAACUGAGAGACAAGCCUAUGAACAUGCCUAAGAGUAAGUAUCUAGUUUGUUGAGAAAAGUCACCCUGCCACGAACUGAAACCUCAGAUCUUCAUAAAAAGGAGUUAUAAUAUAUAUCUAUCUAUAAAGGUUAGCACGUACAGGCAUUCAUCACUGCCUGCUUCCUGACUGGAUGCAGUUGACCAGUAGCCUCAUGCUCUGGCUGCCAUGCCUUCUCCUCCAUGAUGGACCUUCUUCAAAUGCAAGCUAAAAUAAACCUUUCUUUCCUUAAAUUGCUUUAGACAGAUACUUUGUUGCAGCAAUGAGAAAACUAAUAAAGACAUACAGUGGAAUUUUAUUCAGCCAUGAAAAA